AGCACGAAGGCUCGUUUUUUCUUCGGGUCAUGGCAGUUGCCCAAGGUAACUGGCCAUGGUGGGCCGCUGCCAAGAGGAGCUUCGGACCUUCAUGCAGUGCCUGAUGCUGCCGCCGCCGCCCGGGCCGUCAUCAAAGCCGCAGUCGAAGUCGUGCAGAAGUCUGCCCCGCGCCCACUUGCGGCUGGACCUGCCCUUCGACCAGGCGUUGCAGGAGCUCACGGCACGCUUGGCGAUUGAGGGAAAAGUUGCGCCAUCGCCAUCGAUGGCGCCGAAGCCGCCGCCUCCGGCGUCGCCGAGCGGGAGCUUCGGAGGCAGCGCUUUGGAGGCCAAGAGGCGGCCGGGCAGCAGCAGCCAAGCCCGGCCCCGCGGAGGCCCGGUGCAGCUGAAGCGCGCGCGGAGCACCGGCCGCCUGCCGAUCUCCAAGCGCGGUGUUCCCGAAGGUCGGCUGCUGAACAACCCCUUCGGCCAGUGGCCACACACGCCCCCGAAGCUGUACGGCACGCCGGGGGCCGGUCUCAGCGCCAGCCAGCCGCUGCGCGAAGCUUGGAGCUCAGCAGAGGAGGUGCCAGAAGGUGCCCCAAGCGCAGAGGCAGCGGAUGGAACCCCAGACGUGGACGAGUUGCAGCGCCUGGACUCAAGGCAGUCGAAGCGCUCAUCCAGCAGAGGCAGAAGCAAGCCCCGCAGCGAGUCCCGCGGCUGCAGCAAGCGGAUUUUGGACGGCGCAAGCGGCUCGCGCCGUGGGAGCGACUACUCCGACCGCGCUUCGGGAUUCUCCAGAAGAGGCAGUAAGAACAGUGCCUCAAAGAGGAGCAGCGCCAGCUUCUUCGGUGAGGAUAUGCCCGUCACCAAAGGUGAUGCGUGGCAGGCGGCGCAGGUGCAGGAGGUCCCGAACCGCGCCAAGGACUUCGGUGAGCAGUCACUCUCCGAAACGAUUGGCCUCCCGCUGGAGGUGGUGAAGCAGGCGGCGGAGUGCUACAAGAACCACGUGGUGGAUCUCGAGCCGCGCGAUCGGCCCGACUUGUGGCGAUUGAAGCAGUCGGACUUCCAGAAGGUCUUGUGCGAGCUUUGCUCCGUGAAGGACGUGUCGGAGCUCCCUUCCUCCUUUGUGUCGAAGGCCUUUCAUCUGGCGGACAUGACCCGUAGCAACGACUUGGACCUCCAGGAGUUUGUGACCUGGUAUGCCACCUUCAGCUUCUCAGAGGAGCUGCUCUUGGGGAAGUCCACUAAGUCCAUCCGCGACGUGGCCCGAAGGUUGGGCAUCAACCUGCUGGACAUCGAGCGCUACAAGCGGGUCUUCGAUAGCUUCGACCAGGACAAGAGCGGGGUCAUCGAGAUGCCGGAAUUCCGGAUGAUGCUGCACAGGCUGCUGAAGGUGCCGAACGGCCACCACCUGCCGGUGAGUCAGGUGAAGAGCUUCUGGAACAUGGCGGACAGUGAUGGCAAUGGCAAAAUCGACUUCCCCGAGUUCUGCGAGUUCUACCUGCGCGUCUUCAGCCGGCCGGGGGAGGACUUCCAGCUCAGCGACAUGUAUAGCAUCCGAAAGGUCUCGGUGAAGCGCUCCGUGUGACCGAAAUUGGACGCGACGGGCUUCAGGUGUCGAGCUCCUGAGAGAGAGCUCAGCCCACGGCAGUGGAGCAAAGAGCUGGCCUCGUUGCGUGCUGAGUGUGUUGCUUAGGACAUCCCCUUGAAAUUUUGGUCUCUUGCAACGCCUGGA